AUGGGAACGGUAGCCAGAGUCUCGGCGAUCAACACCCGGGUCAUCACUAAUUCUGGCAGCGGCGGCGGCGGCGUCGCGUUCUGCUCGCUUAUAGAGGGCCUGUUUACGCCAGCGGCGGGCCAGGUGUUGCCCGAUUUAGCCGCUGCAGCCCUGCCAGGGGUCGGUCACUCCUCUGCCCCGCUGCGCUCAUUAAGUGAAAUCUGCGCUGCCGCGUGCCAGGGGCGCCAGCAGCAGUCCAGCCGAGCAGCAGCAGCAGCAGCGGUAUUAGUGGUCCAGCCGGCAAGCAGCAGCAGUCCAGCCAGCCAGCCAGCCAGCCAGCAGCAGCGGUCCAGCCAGCCAGCCAGCAGCAGCGGUCCAGCCAGUCAGCCAGCAUCAGCGGUCCAACCAGCAGCUGUGGUCCAGCCAGCCAACCAGCCAGCCAGCAGCAGCGGUCCAGCCAGCCAGCCAGCAGCAGCGGUCCAGCCAGCCAGCCAGCAGCAGUGGUCCAACCAGCAGCAGCAGUCCAGCCAGCCAGCCAGCCAGCAGCAGCGGUCCAGCCAGCCAGCAGCAGCGGUCCAGCCAGCCAGCCAGCAGCAGCGGUCCAACCAGCAGCAGUGGUCCAGCCAGCCAACCAGCCAGCCAGCAGCAGCGGUCCACCCAGCCAGCCAGCCAGCCAGCAGCGGUCAGGCCAGCCAGCCAGCAGCAGCUGUCCAGCCAGCCAACUAG